AUGGCGAGGGAGAAGGCCCGGGAGGAGGUCGAGUCCGAGGCGUGGGUGAAGGAGCGCGCGCGACUCGAAAACCUCGCCAACUCCUCGCGGCUCACCCACCACGCCGUCGCGCUCGAUCCCGACGCGACGGUACCGGAGCGGGACCAGAGGUGCGUCAGGGUCGGCGUCGUCGGCGUUCCCAACGCGGGGAAAUCGCAGCUCGUCAACACCCUCGUCGGCGCGCAGAUCUGCGCCGUCUCCGCCAAGACCAACACCACCCGCGUCGAGACCCUCGGCGCCGUCACCCGCGGCGACGCGCAGGCGGUGCUGCUGGACCUCCCCGGAGUCGUGGGACCGGAGCACUACCGCAACCCGACGCACGCGACGAAGGUGUCGAGCGCGUGGGCCGCGGCGGCGCAGUGCGAUCUCUUGCUCUUCAUCGUCGACGCCAACCGGCAGGCGAGGCGCCCGGACCCGCGCGUCGUGGACCUUCUCGCGUCCGCGCGCGCCAACCUCGAGCGGCUCAAGUACACGGAGGUGACGGGGCUGUCCAUGCCGCCCGCGGUGUUGGCGCUGAACAAGGUGGACCUCUUCAGGGGCGCGGAGGACCGGGAGGCGCUCAAGCGCGUCGCUCGGGCCCUCGCGGCGGUGCACCCGUUCGAGGAUAUAUUUCCGAUCAGCGCCGCGAAGGGGAGAGGGACGGACGCGCUGCUGUCGCAUCUGCUGCUGCGGGCGCCUCUGCGGCCGUGGGAUCUGCCCCCGAGCGCGGUGACGGAUAAGAGCAUGGUCGACCAGGCGAUUGAGGUUGUGAGGGAGUCGGUGUAUCGGAGGCUGCACCAGGAGCUGCCGUACUCCAUCGUGCCCGUGCACGACAGCUGGACCAACUUCGACGACGGGAGCUACCGCAUCGAGCAGACGCUCGUGGUCGACAGCGUGCCCAUGAAGCAGAUCGUGGUGGGGACGAGGGGCAGCGUCAUCGGGCAGAUUGGCAUCCGUGCGAGAACCGUGCUGGAGAAGAUGUUCAGCCGCAGGGUGCACCUGGUGCUCAACGUUAAGGUGAGGAAGAAGAACAACUCGUUGCGGGGCAAGGCGAGGACCACGGAGUUCGAGCUUUACUAG